AUGGAUGAGGUGAUGCCACAGAAGUUUCAGAUACCUCCCGUCAUUCAGUACUUUAGGUCUGGUAACCCAUCCGAGCACGUUGAGGCUUAUCAUUCAUGGAUGCAAAUCCAGAUGAUAACAGAUGCAAUGAUGUGUAGGGAAAUUUUCAUCACCCUUACAGGAUCCGCUCGGAGUUGGUACCAGCAGCUUAAACCUAAUUCCAUCAGUUCCUUCGUAGAGUUGAGUCGACUAUUCCUUACUCAAUUCAUAAGUGGUAAGAGGAGCCGAAAUCCCAAUACUCACCUGUUCGCCAUCAAGCAAGAGCCGAAGGAGUCAUUGAAAGACUACAUUUCUCGCUUCAAUGAAGAAGCAUUGCUAAUAGAAGAUUAUGACAACAAAAUGACACUCACUGCCAUGUUCAACAGCCUAAAAGAAGGAAAAUUCACUUUCUCCAUUGGAAAGAAUUCACCGAAGACAUUAGCAGAACUCGUUGCCAGAGCUCAGAAGUAUACUAACGCCGAGGAAUUCUCCACUGCCCGUAAAAAUGUCCAAGUGACAGAACCAAAUAAUAAGGGGAAGAGGCCAAGGAACGAAGAGACUCAACCAUCAGGCAAAGGACUAGAUGACCGCGCCCCUCGAGAUCGUCAUUCGAGCAGAAAGCCGAAGGGUAAAUUCUUUUCCUACACCCCCCUUAAAACAUCAACUGAGCAGAUUCUAUUGGACAUCAAAGGAUACAAGCUUCUGAAUUGGUCCGUUUGUAUGAGGGCCGACCUAGAUCAUCGAGACAAAUGUAAGUAUUGCCGUUUUCACAGAGAUUACGGCCACAACACGGCUGACUGUGUAGAUGUUAAAGAUGAGAUUGAGACUCUUAUUCGUAAGGGACAUCUACGCCGAUACACUAGGGAAGAAAGAACUGCUUGGAAAGAAGAGCAAGAGCGAGGGCAGGGGCAGUCGAAUAAUACUACAGAAGAGCCAACCGAAAUUCGUGCCAUCUUCAGGGGCUCAUUCGGUGGAGGAGAUUCAAACAGGGCUCGGAAAGCCCACUUUCAAAAGUCUGAUCUGGAACACUACGUCCACUUGACCGAGCGGCCCAGCAAGGAACUCCGGGUCUGCCCGUGUAGCCUGACCUUCAUGGAAGAUGCGUGCGGAAUCCAACAUCCGAACGAUGAUGCCCUGGUAGUUACUAUGACCAUAACGAACCGUAAGGUGUACUGCAUCUUGGUUGACACCGGAAGUUUGGCCAACGUAAUUUAUUCCGAAGCCUUUGAAAGAAUGGGGAUUCCGAGGUCCCACCUUAGACCUGUGAAGACCCCCCCUGCACGGCUUUGUCAGAGAAAGAGUAAUCUUUGA